AUCUUCCUGCAUCCAGCAUCUCCAUCAGCAUCUCUGAGUGAAUUUAGAGAUUGAAUGGCACAUUCUCAGUGUUCUUCACUGGUCCAAAAAAGGUGGUAGCAAUAGAUUGAGGACAGUAGGAUAACCAUAAUCAUGGGGUCAAGCUCAUCAUCUUAUGCCCCUAAAACUAUUUAUCUGGAUGUGGAUGGAAAGGUUCAAAGGGUCAUUUUCAGUCGACACUGUAGCCCAUGUGACAUCAAAGAGCUUCUUUGUUCAUCAUCCAAUGUUGCCAGAAACACUGCUAUACUUUUGGUUGACGUGGAAGGAGCACUGAUAUCUAUCGACCCUGCCAUGCCUACAAACACUCCAAACAACUUGUAUAAGGUCGUUCCCCAUUGCGCAAGCCAGGGAGGAGAGAAGGAAGACAUGUUCCAGAAUGUUCUGUCACAAGUGGCUGAACAAUUCAGCAGGGCCUUCAGGAUAAAUGAGCUGAAGUUGGAGGUGACCAAUAGACUGGCCAUGUUGGAGAAGAGAGUGGAAUUGGAGGGGCUGAAAGUGGUAGAGAUUGAGAGGUGUAAGAAUGAUCUGAGGAAACUAAGAGAUGAGAUGACCUCUAGAGGAGGAGUGAGAGUGACCUGCAACUGCAAAUAUAACUUUACCGAUGAUGGAAAGAAACUCUCUCCCAGGCGAGAUGUCCCAAGCUAUCCAAAGUACACACUUUCUCAGGAAACUAUAGAGGCUCUGAAAAAGCCCACCUUUGAUGUAUGGCAUUGGGAACACAAUGAGAUGCUGAGCUGUUUGGAGUAUAUGUAUCAUGACCUUGGACUGGUUAAGGAGUUCAACAUAAACCCUAUAACUCUCAAAAGAUGGCUGCUGGGAAUUCAAGAAAAUUACCGCGACAACCCUUUCCACAACUUCCGCCAUUGCUUCUGUGUAAGCCAGAUGAUGUAUGGAAUGCUACAUCUGUGUAACCUUCAGGAGAGGCUGACUAGGACUGACAUGUGUAUUCUGAUGACUACAGCAGUGUGUCAUGACUUGGACCACCCGGGAUACAACAACACAUACCAGAUUAAUGCUCGCACUGACUUGGCAGUGCGUUAUAAUGACAUCUCUCCACUGGAGAACCACCAUUGUGCUGUGGCCUUCCAGAUCCUUUCUAUGCCCGAGUGCAACAUAUUUGCCAACAUAGAUCCUGAAUCUUUCAAACAGAUACGACAGGCAAUCAUUACUCUGAUUCUGGCGACGGAUAUGGCCAGACAUGGAGAGAUACUGAACUCCUUCAAACAGAAAGUGGACAACUUUGAUUUUACCAAUGAGGAGCAUGUCAAAUGUCUCAAGAUGGUCAUGAUCAAGUGUUGUGACAUCUCCAAUGAGGUCAGACCUACUGAUGUGGCAGAGCCAUGGGUGGACUGUCUUCUGGAAGAGUACUUUAUGCAGAGCGAUCGAGAGAAGUCAGAAGGUCUUCCUGUUGCUCCGUUUAUGGACCGUGACAAAGUCACCAAACCAACGGCACAGAUUGGCUUCAUUAAAUUUGUCCUCAUCCCAAUGUUUGAGACAGUCAUGAAGCUCUUUCCUCAGAUCGAGGAAAUCAUGGUACAGCCUUUGAGGGACUCUCGUGAUCAUUAUGAAGAGCUAAAGCAGAUUGAUGAUGCAAUGUCAGCGGCACAGAAGAAGAAAACAGAGAGCAUGUCUUUGGGUGGAAAGAAGAAAUAGACAACCUGCUUCUUAUAUGGGAUCUCAAACUGAUCCAGUUCCCAGUUUCCUGAAACUGAGGUCUAGAACUGUUUGGGCUCUCCAAGAUCCAAAGAGAGUUUUGGACCUCUUCUGUGUAUUGAGGCAAGAAGAAUGUCCACAGAAGGCAAACAGCAGUAGUAAGGAGAGGGGUCAAGAAAACAGAUCGAUGCACCUCCCUGAUCUCUGCCUGCAUCAUAUUUGUCUAUUGAUGGACCACACUCUUAUACUGGAAUACACAGACUAUCAUUUAAUUGCCAGCAAAAGCCUUCAUCAGCCAAUUAACAAAGGACAAUGCAUCUAUGUGAACUUCUGCAGUUAAUCCAGGAUGGACUUCAAAGAUAUUUGUCAUUAAUCUUAAAGUUCAUAAAAAAUUAUUUUAUUUUUAUUUUUAAAACACUGGACCACUUGUUCACUGGGUCGCUUACUUAAUUUACAAAUUUAAAACCAUGACUUACACUGCACACAAAUAACUAAUACUGGCAUUAUAUUCAUGUUGUUUAGCCAGAGGGGAACUGACCCCCCCACAAUGAGUCUGGUUUCUCCCAAGGUUAUUUUUCUCCAUUAACCAACAUCUUAUGGAGUUUUGUGUUCCUUGCCACAUGCACCACCAUCCGCAUUCUGCCUUUAUUCCUCUCGCAGGCUUGAUUAGCCUGAUAAGGGACCGAGUAUGUAGAAUGAUGAGCUGGCCACGCCCUCCGCCCUGUCACAACAUUUUACAAUCAUAUUUAAUCAAACUACACAAUGAUCACUGUAAGACUUUAUAGAUAGUAUAUAUAUACAUUUUUUGUAAAUGCACGAUUUCCUGUAAAGCUGCUUUGAAACAAUGUGUGUUGUGAAAAGCGCCAUCCAAAUAAAAAUGAUUAUUGGGUACAUAUUUGUACCUAACAAAUCACGGGAUGAAACCGGCUCAACCCGGAGAUUGUAAAAUUUUGCAAAGGUAUUGGGUGUAGCCCAGCCCGAUGCUCUGCAGAUGUCUGCUAGAGAGGUGCCAUGGGCCAGUUCCCACGAGGAUGCUCAUAUUCCCAAAGGGGCGGGCACGGCCUGGGCCUGGUAUGCCAGAGCGAUGGCAUCCAUGAUGCAGUGGGCAAGCCUCUGUUUGCCGAAGCAGACAAAGAGCUGCUCUGAGCGUCUAAAGCUCUGCAUGCGAUCCAAGUAGCUGAGUAAAGCACACACCGGACACAGCAAUGACAGCGUUGGGUCUACCUCCUCCAGAGGCAGCGCUUGCAGGCUCACAACCUGAUCUCUGAAGGGGGUCGUGGGAACCUUGGGCAAAUUGCUGGCCGGGGUCUCAAGAUCACGUGAGAAUCUGCCGGUCCGAACUUCAGGCAAGUGAGUGUCACGCCAUUCUGCUGCCUCUUACUCAGCCCUUGGACAGACCUCAUAUUUUUGCAGGCAGGAGUGUCCUGAUGCGUCGUGGUCACCACAGACACCUCCAAGUUGGGAUGGGAUGAGUGUGUAAUGGGCACGCAGCCAUUGUUUCCUUGAAGAUGGCCCACCUGAUUACUCUCACUUCCAUCAAGAGGGUUGGGGACCUGCAAGCGUUUUCUCUCAGUGACACUUGCCUGAAGUUCGGUCCGGCAGAUUCUCACGUGAUCCUGAGACCCCAUCAUUUUUCGAUUAUUUUGAAACCAAUGUCUAGACACAGGGAGGUUUUUGUCAUCAACAAAUAGAGGGUUGAGCUGAGAGGUGAUUUGAGAGUCUCUGUAGUAGGAAAUAAAAGCCAGGGAUUGGUAUGGCUGAAUGGGGAUUGGCAGACUGAAAAUGAAAACUGAAUGGAUCUGUUGAAAUGGAUUCUGAAAACUUUAACAAAAGGUUUAUGUGGCAGCUUAGACAGUGUCUCUGGACGUAUUUGUGAUGUCUAUUUACUCUACAAAAAUUAUGAUAGGUGAUUGGAUUAAUAUGGUUCUGUAAGCAGUAUAACGUCUGUAUUAUUUUGUUUUCAGGCCUCAGUGUUUUGAGCUUUAGUCUUGACAUGAAUGCUCAGGCACUACUAAUAAAGUUUUAAGCUGCCAUUAUGUGCUUUUUGGAGCUUCAUAAUAUUGGUACCCAUUCACUUGCAUUGUAUAGACUUAAAGAGCUGAAAACAUCUUCUAAAAAUCUUUGUUAGUGUUCUGCAGAAGAAAGAAAGUCAUACACAUCUGAGAUGGCAUGAGGGCGAGUAAAUGAUUAGAGAAUUUUCACUUUUUGGGUGAACUAUCCGUCUUCAGCCCCAUUUUACCCUACUUUAAAGUCUUGACUACAGAAAGCUAUGAACAUUUCUGCCAUUACUGCCCACAAAAAGAGAAAUUUUACUGAACACACAUUAAACUUGUUUGAACAGUGGUGUAACUACAGAGCAGGGUGUGCAGCCACAUUCCUCCCAACCCCCCUUAAGGCAACAAAUGUCCCCUAAUCACUGAAGCUGUCUUCACUGCAUUAUAAAUGGUGUUACUCUCAUGAAGUUUAUGUGGGAGCCAGAAUAGAACUAGCCACUAGAGGGCAAUGUACACAGGUGGUGAGUGUGGUGCUGGGGAACUGGUGCAUAAGAUGAGAGCAAUGAUCAAGUACAGGUGGUGGGAGAAUGCGGUUCUUACCAUUGGAUUGUACCCUUUUUUCGGAGCAUAAAGAACAUCUCUACCACCCUUGCUUAAAGGCUUAUAGGAAAGCCUCAACAGUAUAGUCAGUGUGUUUUCUUUAAACCACAUAAUAAAAAAAUAAUAAUAAAAAUAAUAAACUGUUGUUUUACUACAUCCCAGAAUACAUUUUCACAUUUGUUUGUGAUUGCCAUUGACACCCUUUGAAAAAGGGUAUUUUCAGAGGUAUUUAUUUUUGUAAUAAUGCUUAUUAUCAGGUCUAUCAGGAAGACUCGCAGACUUGAGUGAAAUUUAAGAUGACAUUUAUUUGAUGAAUAUAAAACAGAAAUGGAAUGUCUCUCUUUUUUGCGUAGGACCCGUCUGGCGGUCCAAGAAGUUGUACUUGGAACCGUAAUAUCCUGCCGGAGAUAGGAGACAGGGGCGAGGAGCCUACCCCCGUGCAGGACGGGACUCAACAUGUGGUGGUGGGGUGGUGGAGGUUUCCGUGUUAGCACACUGAAACAGCAAUGUGAUAGAUUGUGAGUAGACUUAUAAAGCAACGGCUUACAUGUGAUUGGCUAGGAAUUACCUCGCUAAUGGUGUGAUGAUGUACAGCUCCUAGUCUUCCCGCUAAAACUACGCUGCGCUUACAUUUUUUUGUCAACCUCAUUUUGUUUAUUAAUUCCUAAGUGUGGCAGGGUGGAGGGCGGGGCUGGGUCGUGAUCCUACGCACCCGGUCCCGUAUGAGGCUAAUCAAGCCCUUGAGGUAUAAAGGUCGACUGAAGGGUGUCGUG